UUCACCGAGGCGCCCUCGGGGGUUACAAGAAACAAUGGCCACAAGCUAGCAGAGAGCAGAUUUAGAUUGGACAUUAGGAAGAACUUCUUCACAGUUCGAGUGGCCAAGGUCUGGAACGGGCUCCCAAGGGAGGUGGUGCUCUCCCCUACCCUGGGGGUCUUCAAGAGGAGGUUAGAUGAGUAUCUAGCUGGGGUCAUCUAGACCCAGCACUCUUUCCUGCUUAUGCAGGGGGUCAGACUCGAUGAUCUAUUGAGGUCCCUUCCGACCCUAACAUCUAUGAAUCUAUGAAUCUAUAAGACCAGGGCAGGGCAUCCAAGAGGAAAUCAAAUGUCCCAUCUGCUGGCAGUAUCUGACAGACCCAGUGACACUAGAGUGUGGGCACAACUUCUGCCAAGCUUGUGUCAGUGACUACUGUGAGAAAUGGGAAGAACACGGACCUUUGAAGUGUCCUGUCUGCAGGGCCAAGAUCCAGAAAGGGAAUCAUAUUCCAAACUGGCAGCUGGCAAAUGUAGUAGAAGGCAUUAAAAAAAUGGAGUUUCCUGGAGUUGAAGAUGUGUGUGAGAGACACAAGAAGGAGCUGAGCCUGUUCUGUGAGGAGGACGGGGUGGUCGUGUGUGUGGUUUGCUGGAAAUCCCCAGAGCACAAGUCUCACUCAAUGCUGCUCAUGGAUGAGGCUGCUCAGAAAUACAAGGAGCAAAUUCAGGAUGAACUGGAGAUUUUGAGGGAAGAGAGAAAAAGGCUUGAAGCCCUGAGAGUGAGUGAGAGUCAGAAACACCAAGAAUAUCAGGCAAAGACAAAGGCUGAGAGGCAGAAGGUUGUGUCUGAAUCUCAGCGACUGCACCAGUUCAUCGAGGAACAGGAGCGACUUCUCCUGGCUCAGCUGGCAGAGCUGGAGAGGGAGAUUGAGAAGAGUCAUGAGGAAACUGUCACCAAAGUCUCUGAAGAGGUUUCUCAUCUUGACAACCUGAUCAGAGAGAUGGAGUGCCAGUGCCAGAAGCCACCAAGGGACCUCCUGCAGGGCAUUAGAAGCACAUUGAGCAGGUGCAAGAAGGGGAAGUUCCAGCUGCUGAGGGGGAUUUUCCCUGAGCUGCAAACAAGACUCAAGAGCUGCUCUGAACUAAACCUAAGGGAGAAAGUUAGCAUGUUUCAAGGCAAUCUUCAAUCUUAUCUGGAGGAGGGCUCGUACUCCAAGGUGAAGGUGACUCUGGAUCCAGACACUGCAAAUCCCCAGCUCCUCCUUUCUGCAGAUAGGAGAAGUGUCAGAUUGGCAGACGCACCGCAGCAGCUGCCUGACAAUCCUGAGAGAUUUGAUUCUGAGCUGUGUGUGCUGGGCCAUGAGGGAUUCAUCUCGGGGAGACACUGCUGGGAGGUGGAGGUGCAGCAAGGGAUAUUCUGGGCCAUGGGGGUUGCCAAAGAGUCUGUGAGAAGAAAGGGAAAGAUCCACCUUAGGCCUGAGGACGGGAUCUGGGCUGUGCAGCGUAGGUUUCAUCAGUUCCAGGCUCUCACUGCACCUACUCCCAUCCCCUUGUCUGAGCAUCAGGUGCCCAACAGGGUCUGGGUAUGUCUGGACUGUGCAGGGGAGAAUGUGUCAUUUUUUGAUGGAGAUACCAAGGCCCUGAUCUUCACCUUCCUGCUAGCCUCAUUUGCUGGAGACAGAAUCCGGCCCUGGCUCUGGCUUAAGGGCACUGGAGCCGAGCUUAGACUGUGUCACUGAAAUGAGGGUGGGCAGGGGAGAUGUCCCACAGGGAAUGAUUGAAGUAUCUACUCCAGCUUCCUACUCUCUGUGAUCCCGGGGGGGAGAGGGGAGGGGGGGACAGGUACCCUCUCCCAGCCCCCAUGUCUGCACAUCUGUCACUCUUGGAGCUGUAGUAGAUAAAUGGGCACAGUCUGGUUACACAAUCCUAUUGCAGCAGGUAUCACCAGGCUGGUUUGCCCCUGUGUGCUAUGGCUGUAGAGGACUCCAGCAGGACUGGCCACACAGUCUCCCCUUUAGGAAGCCCCUUGGUGGGGAGUCUGUGCCCUGCUUCCAGUCUAGAGCAGCCCAUGGGAUCUCUGUAAAGCCCUGCAAAGUGCCCCUUAGCAUCCUCUGGUCAGGGAGGCCCGUGCUAUACGACACGUGUGUAGGGCUGUGCGGGGCUAGAGCCAGAGCACUGACAGAGGCUACCCAUGAGGAAGUGCUUCUGACCACAGUUAAAUUUGGGUUGGUUUCAGUCUGCAUCCAAGGCCUCUGGGCAAGGGUUUUUAGAGGCUGUAGUGCCCCAGUUUCCAUUAGGGAUAGGUGCCUGCUUCCCUCAACUUCCUCUGUCAACAACAGCUCCACUGCACUGGACACGUGGACUGUUGACAGAAGCAGAAAUUUGAACAAACACCUUCACUUUAAAAAAAAAAAUGCCUUUGACCCCUUGAUCUUAAAUCUCCUUUUUCUCUCCCUGCAUCUCACCUGGCCUGGUUCUGUCCCAUGUCCUGGAUGAUGUGGGCAGGAUGUCCCCUGUGGGAUGGACACCUCUUCUUUUCUUUGCAGCAUCUUCCCACCUAAAAGGAACUUGAGUUAAAAACCGGGGGCACAUUCUUAUUUACAUGAGAGCCCCUUUGCUCCCCACCAGCAGCAGUUUGGGAGUUGAUUGGGGUGGGAGCUCCAUUAGCCUUCACUUUAUAGACCUUUUACAAACCUGGAGAAAUAUCUUAGGAGUAUAAAUCCCAUGAAAAGGCAGUGGGCUCCAAAAUCAGGUACGUGUUUCUGAAAAUCUCAACUUGGAUGGACAGGGGUGUCAUAUCUCUUUUUAUUCAUAGUCACAGACUCAGGCUGAACCAUUUCAUGUUGCCAUGAGGCACUUAAAAGGUAUGUCUACAUGAGAUGCUUAAUUGCACAUUUGAAUAAUGUGCAGAAAAGAGUCACUGUUUAUAAGUGUACAGCAAUUACUGUAUAUUAGAUUAGUAGCACUGUUUGCUACUACCAAUAGAUACAGGUACUGGAAAUGGUACUGUAUGUGUAGAUGCUGACCUGGAGCAUAUUGUUCCUGGUCAGCCCAGGCAGAAGGGGGCCACAACUGCUGCCUGCUCUAAUCUGUGUGGCACUGGCAGGGAGCUGCCCCCAGAGCCAGGACAGCUCCCCUGACCUCUGGAGCCCAAACCUAACCACCAGUGCCCCCUGCCAGCUUGGGGUAAAGCAGGGCAGGAGCUCCUGUUGGGCUCAGUUUGCUCCAGAAACAGGCACACAUGCUGGGAGCACUCCUGGGAGCACUUUAAUGUGCCUGAAUUUUCUGUGCAGCAAAUUCAGGUAUAUUAACUGCACGUGUAGACCUGUUUUUAUUUUUAUUAAUCUCAUCGCACUUCUCAACCUCACAGCCUUGCUUCUGCAAACUAAGCGCUCCAGGGAGACCUUAGUGUUAAUGUAAAGUCUCAUGGACCAACCAUAGCAAUGCAGGUUCUAAGUGCAGGAACACAGUCCCCUUCAUAACCCUGUUACCAAAGCUUCCAAAGCUGUGGCUUUGUCUGUGUUGGACUUACCUGUGGUCUCGCGACAGCUCAGCAAGGCACACUCCAUUAUGGGCAGCCCUCUGCAUUCUCCUGGACUAGCUCUCGAGUUUCCUAGUUUUGAUAUAGAAGAGGUGCUGAUCUCUUUCAAGACACUGUGGAAGCUCCCUGCCUGUCAGUGGAACAGGGAGGCAGACAGAGCACAUAGCUAAGGCUUUUAGAAAUGGGGGAGGCACCAAAUUGUGAACCACAGGGGUGGAGAUGCUUGUUGGGUCACUUCUGUUCACCUUCAUGAAGUGAGCAGGAAUGGUAACAAAUUCCAAAUAAACCUAGAGAUUGGGCUGCAAGGAGCCAGAGACAUGGGGCAAGGGUGGGCAAACCUCCUGCUUUCUGGGGCCAUUCCCUUUCCCCUUGUGCCUGGCAAGCUGCUGUCAGAAAUGGUGUUUUUGCCAACUCACAACAGGGUCUUUAUGUUAACAGGAGCAGGGUUUGUUAUCUGAUUUAGCCAUGCCCAGGACUGCCUUUUUCUUCUGUGUAUGCAUAGGAGGGGGCCCUCCCCCCUGUUACUCGGAGGAAGUAAGGAUGGGGUUGUGGAUGUGGAACAUGAGGAUGUGGAAUGGCUGUAGGUAACAUAUGCCUCCAACCUUUUGUUCAGAAAUAAAGUAUUUCCUUGCCCAAUCUGAAUCUUUAUUCCUGAAAACUGCCAGAAAUAUCCAUGUCUUUCCGCCUUGAGCUGUCUUUCCAUUCUUCCAGUCCCUUUGACUAAGGAGCUGGGCUCAACUGGCCAUGUGUGACAUAAUUGGAUAAAUCCUAUUUCACCUUCAUGCACCUGUGGAAUUGCCCAACUGCAACAUUGACACUGACACAGGCUGGGCUCUAUUUCCAUCUGGGGCAAACUAAGAUGACACAUAUCUAUUGAGAGCAAAGUGAAGGAUGAGAAAUAUUGUUCAAACUUGAGCCCAGUGCCUAGUAGUUAAGGGCACUUGUUGAAAGAAUGAAAAAUCCAGUUUCAAGGCUCCCCCAGCAAGAAGGGGCUUCAGUUUCUGCACCUCCUGUUUUACACCAAAUUGCUGUAAUGACACGGCCCUGGGUUAGGCAUCACCCAGUGCCUCCUAAAACCCUUCUCUUGUAGCUGGGCCACUUAACAGCCCAGAAGGAAGCAUUUGUGAAGCCAGGAGGAGGAGAAACAAGCAGGGACCUACUUCCCUUGACUGUUCUGCACCUUGCGUUUAAUAUUCACUGGAUGAGCAGCUGUGAGACGAUUCCGCACCACUGGAGGAGAGGGCCAGACCUGAGCACCACUUCCCUGCAGCUGGGUAUUUCCUCCUCUUAGCCACUCUGCCUGCGUUCCUCUCUUCCUUCUGGCUGCAGACACCUUUGUACAAGAGCACAGAGGUUACAGCACUUGCUCAGGGAGUGAGAGACCUUGUUCCUAGGUUCCCCUCUUCUUGAAGGGCUUCACCCUUAAAUUUACCUCUGCCCAAAGAGUUCUCUAUCCAGCAGGUAUAGAAGACUCUGGGUGAGCCUCCUCCCCCCUUUUCUUCCCGUUGAAGCUGGGGCACUGAGGAACCAAAGGUGUGGUAUUCACAAAGCCAGAAGGAGAGCAGGCAAGAAGGCAUGGGACUCUAUAGCUUCUUGGGCAGGGCACUUGACUGGAAAGGGAGAGUCACAGGUUGCACUCCCUGAUCCGAGGAUGGUUUAUGCCUUUUGCAUUAAACAAGCAUGGAUUUAAAAAACACUAUCAAUCAUUGUAGCAGGGGACAGAAACCACAGACUCUUUCCUCCCCAUUAUCCAUGUGAAGAAGUAGAUGCCUCAUGAAGGUAUAGUUAGAAAAUUUGGUGCCUGGGGAGAAAAUGCCAGAGAGCAGACAAGGAGUGCAGACAGACUUUGACAGCUGCUGCAAAAACAGGCUGCAGGAAAGGAAGUCUUACUGCAGACUCCAGCAAGCAGCUGCAGUGAAUGCUGCUGCUGCAGGUGCUGGGAGGUCUCCCUGGGUCCUGCCAUCAGAGUUGCCAACUAUCCAUAAAAAAAGCUAAACACACUUGUCUGUAAUGUCUGCACUGAUAAACAAGCUGUCCCUCAAAAACUAAGGAAUCAUGAGCUUGAUUAAAGAUCCACUGUUGGAAUGAGGCUGUUGAUGGGCAGAGCAGAGGAGAGCAAAGCAUCACUACCUUGUGCCUGAGCAGAUAGCUCAGUGGCCUGCAGGGAGCUCUCCCACAGGACUUUGUGCCCCUUGGGAGCCUCUCUAGCCCAGUACCCCACCCAGCCACAUGUUGCCACUGUAUCCCUUUGGCGGCUGCCUGCCUUUUAAUAGUGACUCACUUCAAAGUUCAGCAGGGUCUCAACGCCCUGGGCAGUCUAAGGCAUCGGGUGGGAUAGGGAGAGGGUUGGUGCAGCCAGCACAGAGCAGCAAGGUUGGAAGUGGAAGAAGUGGUAGGUACAUGGUCCAUGCCUGCAUGGAGGGUUUGUUUAUAGGCCUGGGCUUUGCUGUUUUAUGGGCACUUUUGGCUGAUGUAAGUGCUAGAAGCCUCAGAAGGCAACCCUGAGGACAGGGUGGGGCUCCUCCUACUGCCUGUCAGACAAGGAGGUGGUUUAUGGCUGUGCUGUUCCUAAAACCUGUUUCUUUUCUUCCUGAUCAACACAAUCAUAGAGCAGUUCUGUGUGCCCUUUGCUCUUUGUCCUGUAGCUCAGACAGCCUACAGGUUAGGACACUUGUCAAGGCAUUACACUCAAUUUUAACUCUGGUUAAGUGACACCAAUUCCACUCGUAACUUGAAAGCUUUAUUAGGAUAUGCAAUAGUAGGCCUGUGCAAGUAGGCAGCUUUUCGAUCCGGCUUCAGAUCCAGCCGCUUCGGAUGUCAGCCAUCCAGUCUGGAGCUCCAGAUCGGUUUGCUGCUUCAAUCCGGCCGAAGCGGCUCCGAAGCUUUGGAGCUGCCUUGGAGAUCCAGCCAUAGGGUAUAAUGGGGGAUCAAUUAAAUAUCUAUAACUUUGUUGUUUUAUCUCCAAUUUGGAUUAAACUUGCAGGGGUGGUAGCCUCUGCUAAGAGCAUGAAGCCUGCCAAGUUUCAAGAAGAUAGGUGCAGGGGCUUGGGGGGAACUGCACCCCAAAUUCUUGAAAGCAAAACUCCUGUCAUGUCUAUGUGUUACACCAUAGGGGGGUGAAAACUGCAGGGGUGGUGGCCUCUGCUCAGGCCACAAAUCAUUCCAAGUUUCAAGAAGAUGGGUGCAGGGGUUUGGGGGGAACUGCCCCUCAAGCUGCUGACAGGCAAAACUCGUGAUGUGGGUGGGUGCUUGUGGGACUCUGUCUGUUAUGGGGCACAGGAGGGUGAAAUCUAGUGCAGACCUGGGUGCUGGGCUCUGCCAGGCCACAAAGCCUGCCAGCUGUGUGUGUUACACUGGGGAAGUCUGUCGUCUGGAGCCCUGCACCCCAAGCUGCUGACAGGCAAAACUCGUGAUGUGGGUGGGUGACGCUGUGUGUGUGUUAAGGUGCACCCUUCCUGGCGCUGGGGCCUCUGCACAACACGGCAGUGUGCCCCAGUGAGGUCUUCUCCUUCCCUACGGCCUCAUGCCUAGUCUUCCACUUCACGUGACAACAGGUAAAAUAACUUAGCUGGCUCAACACCAGUAUCAUCGGCAGCAGCAUCAAAGGUACCCACACAGAAUAGUCACAGAGCCUUUCUUUUUAUAAAGCAAUUGACAGCAAGAAGUAAAGAUGUUGUGUUGUGUUGUGUUGUGUUGUGUUGUGUUGGACAUAUGAUGUUACUCAUGGUGUGUGAUGGCUUAUCUUGUGUUUUUAUGUCUAUAAGUUUAUUAGGAAAAAAAAGAAGUACUUAAAAAAAUAUAUCUUAGGAACCUUUAGGGUUGAAAACCCCUUUGUCAGGCUGAGGAAGUACCUACAGUUGGUCCUGGAUGGAAGGAAUAGUAAAGGAGGCAGAGGCUGCCCUGCCCCGUAAUUCAGGCAAGAAAGCCAGUCAGUGAAAAUGGAAAUGAAGGCAUCAGGGGUGAGGGACAGGCUGGGGUGGGGGUAGAGGGGAAAGGAGGAUGUAGCAGUGCAGGUAAAAGUGCAGAGGUGCCUGGGGUGUCUGCCUGUUUCUCCCGCAGCAUCUUGCCCCCCUUGCUGCUGCAGUGGAAGUAGCCCUCCACCUUCCUGCAUUUUGAAACCAGCUGGCUUGUAGCAGUAGAGGUGGCAGUGCCGUCACUGGCAGCCCUGUCCUCCUCCAAGGCAUCCCUCUCUAUUAGGUGCAGCCUGUGUCCCACACAGCAGAUGCCAACAAAGUUGGCAUCACAGACAGCCUUCACCAUAUUGGCCCCAUUGUUGGUGACCAUGAACCCGCGGGUGAGCUUGGCUUUCCCAAUGAGCCACCCCUGCAGUUCCUGGCCCCCAUGAUCUCCCUUGCCAUGUGAGAGUGAUCCAGCACCUCGGCUUGCAGUAGACCCCCACCAACAGCCUGACUGAUCGCACUAGUGCCCCGUGAGGGAGAGGUAGGCAUGAUCACCACCCCGGCUGCUCCAGAUGUUGGAGGUGAAGUGCAAGACUACCUGUGGCCCUGCCUUGUGCAGCUCCUCCCUCAAGUACUCCCUGCAUGCCUCAUACAGAGAGGGCACCACCGCCCUGCUAAAGGUGGUGAGUGCAGGCACUUUGUAAAAUGGGGCCAGAAGUGCUAUGAAUCGCCUGAACCCUGGCCACUCAACUAGGGAGAAGGGCUGGCUAUCCAAACCGCUCUGAACCGAUUCAGACAGCUUAACUGAGCCUACACUUUGAUCUGGGCAUGCCUCGUCAGGCGCGGAAGCGUCCUAAGCAGCACUGGAUACGAAGCACGAUCUGAAGACUCACACAUCCUUAAUGCUCAAGUGAAACAGAAGCUGUGGCAGUCACUUGGGCCUGUGAACAGCUCAGCUAUUACUUCCUUGGCCUUUCUUGGAAGACUGUGGAGUGCUCAGAUCCCUGGUCCUUCAGACCUACUAAAGAGGAGCAGAGGUCCGUUUUAGGACAGGUCUGGGAAGGGGACUGAUUACAACACACAAGAUGGGUUGCAUGUGUCUGUCUCAUGUACAUCACAUUAAUAAAAGUGUACCACCCCA